UCUGUUUCACCAGUCCACAGGCAACACAGACCAACCAACUCACUCUUUUCACCCAGAACAGCUUCCAGUUUCACUACAAGCUGAUCCGGGGGAAAACUCGAAAAAAAAGCAGCGGCCAUGAGUCACAGGGUCUUAAGCACAGAUGAAUCUGAAGAAAAGUGAAAAAAAGCGCGGGGAAUAUUAGCACACGCAGGAGUAGAGGCAAGAAAGCCACCCAGUUUAAGCUGGGACACAAGCCAAAAUGGACUACAUCCACUGAAAUACACCAACCUGGAGUUUCCAGUGCAAGUUCCGAGGCGCCGAAAGCUUCUAAACGACUGGUACGGCUGACAGACAAGGAAGCCAGGGACAGUCAAUUCGUCAGAACCACAGCAGGGUUAGCACAGGCAGACACUCUGGCAUACACUCUCAGACCUAAACCUGAAAAGGAAGAAAAAACAGAUUGUGAGUGUGACCGCAAUGAAAAUUUCAUUGUGAAUAAUGAGAAAAUGCUGGCACUUAUUAAAGAUGUACAUGCAAGUGGUUGUAAGAAGCCAAACAUGAAAAUGAAAGUUACACGUGCUGGUCUGUGUGUCUACAUCUGUGUAAAAUGUAGUUACUGUGGAUUUAAUUCGCAAACAUUGCCAAUGUCGGACACAAUCCAGACCGCAAGAGGCCCCCCUGCAGGAUUUUUGAACUAUUUAGUAGCAAUGCCAGUGCUAAAAUCUAAAAUUGGAAUGGAUGAUGUAGCUACUGUAUUAACAUGGCUUAAUAUUAAGGCGCCAUGCAAGCAAACAUUUCAAAAAAAGUUUAAUGACUUGGGACAAGCACAAACAGAACUGAGCGACAAACAAUUGGAACUAAAUCAGGACUAUGUCGCAAAUGUCAUGAAAAAAGCCGGCUUCGAACCUGAAGUUGACAUCCAAUUUGACGUCGCCUACACAUGUCGACCCCAGGGGGGAUGCGAAAAGUCUACACAAAGCUUUGGGGCCCUGGUAGAACACAAUACAGGUCAAAAACUCCCACUUGCCAUAGCCAUGGCCAACAAGCAUUGCAGAAAAAGGUACUGCAGGCAUGAUAACUGCUCAAAAACCUUUGCAGCUGAGGCCUCGAUUGCAAGCAGUGAGCGAGUAUUACUUCACAGGUCAUUGGAUAAAGUGAAAGAUGGUCCUUUGGCAGUAAGGUCAAUAACCACCGACUCUGGUACGCAAUCGGCAAAGGCUAUACGGGAUUACUAUGAGCUUAAAAAGCAAACAAAUCACUUAAAAAAGCAGACGGCCACCCACUACAAGUGCUUUGUUCACAAGCUGAGAGCUCUCGAAAGACAUGUGCGUGCCGCAAAGUCAGACAUCAAAUCCAUUCCAAAAAAGUACAACAAAGACGAAUACAUGCGUAAGCUGGCCAGCUGCCUCCGCUGCCGAGUGCGCAUUGAACUGGAAAAGACUGCGAAAACAGAGCUGCAGUGA